AUGAUUCGUUACGCGUUAGCAUAUAAGAACUUCAAUCCUAACGAAACAUAUCCAGAAGAAGAAAAUGUGGAAUCAAGUUUUGAAUUAACGAAAAAGUAUUGGAAAUAUAAAAUUGAAUCAUAUAAGAAACAAGAUGAAAAAGCAGAAAGAGAUACUAAAAAUAAUGUUUCAAUGGAUGAUUUUCAAUACUAUCACGAUUUAAUCCUUUCAUCUAAAUGCAAAAUGUGUGGUAAAGCGUUUACAUAUGCAAAUAAACCAACAUUGGAUAGAAUCGAUAAUGAAAAACCACAUACCAAAGAAAAUUGUCAGUUAAUGUGUUGUUAUUGCAAUGUCGUAAAAUCAAAUAAAGAUGAAGAUGUUCAACGUUUAAGAAUCAAUUUAAGAAAUUAUGCAUUAAAAAAUAAUUUACCAAUGACUUUAGAUUCAGUUGAAGCUUAUCACAUUCUCCGUAAUGGAAUUACUGGUGGUCUAUCAAAUGUUCAACAUCGUGUUAAUCUUAAAGGAAUCACACACAUUAAUAAACUUUCAUAUAAUCCAGAAACUAAAACUGUAUCAAAUGAGGACACCACCAACAUUAUGACUCAUUUCGUUGGUGUUGACUUUAAUUCAUUAUAUCCUUCAUCAUUUUCAUCUAAUCCUCAUGAUUUCAUUCAAUAUACUGACCAUAAAAUGUAUAUGCCGGGAAGAUUGAAUGGUGUUAUCAUUUGUGAUACAGCAACAAAGAAAGCAAAAGCACUGGGAAUUAUUAAGAAGAAAAAUACUUUAUUCGUGGCUGAAGUAA